AUGGCCAAAAUUCAGAAAGGCUCCAACGUCCCGCAGUCGACCAUCGACCACUUCCAAAGGAUACCAUGGUGCGCUGCACUGCUCUCCGACCCAACUUUCUACAUUGUGAACAUGUCCCGAACAAUCAUUCAGCCUGGCGAUGGUCACAGCCUCAUGGGAGAGACUUGGAACACGGAUAGGACGAUUGCGGAAUUGUUGUCACUGUACAGACCACCAAAUGCGACGACUGGACAGCCUGGGGAGAUCCGGAGAUUUUAUACCUUCGGAGGAGGCAUGAAUGCUCAUCCCAACUUGCUUCACGGCGGUGUCAUAGCAACAAUUCUCGACAGCACCAUGGGCAAUAUUAUUGCUCAGCAGAUGCCAGAGUUGCAACCACUCUUCACGGUGAAUCUCAACGUUUCGUACAAGAAGCCAGUGCCUACUCCAGGAACGAUCAUGAUUCGUGCUCAGAUCACCAAGGUUCAUGCUUCGAGAAAAGUAUGGCUUUCCGGUAUGGUGGAAAAUGGCACUGGAGACGUGCAUGCUACAGCGGAGGGUCUGUGGCUCAGAGUAAAACCAAAGUUGUAAGCAGGUCAGACUAUCUUGACUGAUGGCUUCAAUACGCGACCAGACCUCCGAUACGACUUUACGCUCCGAUUUAUCUCGCAAAUAUCUCGUGAGACCUACCGAGAAGGAUUCCGCUACGCUAAGGAAAGACUCGAGAUACAAGCUGCCAUCAGCUUAGUACCUGGGAGCUAAGCUACGCACGAGGUCUCCUUCAGCAAACAGUCAGG